AAUUUAAAAAUUGCAGCUCAAUCAGCCCAGCCCUAUGCCCUUAAAGGCUUGAAAACACUCUCAAACUUUACUCACUUUCCCCAGGCAAAAUCCAUUAUCGGAAUUGAAAACUAAAUGGAGAAAUCGGAAAUCAACGGUCCGCUUUUCUCUUCGACCCCCAUACGUAAUGGCGGAACCUUUAGAUCACCAGCUUCUCCUCCUCUUCAACCCAACUUCAGUAGCCGAGCCGUUCAGGAAGCUUUGGAACACUUGGCAACUAUUGACCUCAGUGAGUUAGUCAGUGAGGCGAAAAUUGAGCACUGUCGAGCAGCUAGAGACUUAAGAAGCUGUGGACGUUACGUACAGUAUGCAUUAAACUCGUGUGGACAUGCUUCUCUAUGUGCGGAGUGUAGUCAACGUUAUGAUGUUUGUCCAAUUUGUAGAAUCCCGUUGAUAAAAAGUGGUAACAAUAGACUACGCCUUCGCCUUUUCGAUGAGUGCAUAGAUGCCGGCCUCAUAUCUAGAAGAUGCGACGAGAGGUUUCACGAGAAAGAAGAUAGAAAUAAUCAACUCACGUCUGAUGUCCAGCGUCUUUAUUCUUUCUUUGAUGUAGCCUUGGAGAAUAACUUGGUUUCUUUGAUUUGUCAUUAUGUUACAGAUAUAUGCAUGGAUGAAACUGCUGUCUCCAGUGAUGCUGUCACUGCUUUGUUGCUGGAUGAGAAGGUUGUCAAGGAUUGGGUCAAGUGGACAUUUAAAAACAUGGCAACAGAACUUCAUCGUAUAUAUUAUCUUGAAGUAGAAGAGAUGAAAAAUAGGUUAGGUUCACUUCUAAAAUUUUCUGGACAUCUGGCCAGCUUAUCCAAUGUACUUGAAGUUUUGGACUCAUCUUUCAAGGGCCGUCUUUCAGCACAGCUUCAUGACUUGCGCAACCUUCAAAAGAGCAUAUUGAAGACAAAGCAGCAUCUUGAGAUCACAAUAUGGUGUAUAAGGCACCAAUUCUUGGAAGAUGUGAGGUCUCGUCAUGCUGAUUUCACAUCCUGGCGUAAUCAUGUCCGUGAUAGGAAAUCAGCUGCAAUUGCGCGGGCAUGGCCUCCGCCUGAGCUGUUAGAUCCCUCAGCUGACUCCACUGGACAGGGUGCUUCACUUUUCAUUGAAGAUGCACUAGAAAACCUCGACAUAUACGAGGAGAUGGGGGAAGAGUCAGAUUUUGCCUUUUUGCAGAAGAAUGGUGCCUUGUCCUUUUUCCAGUCCAAAAUAGGGGGCAUUGCAGGAUGUUAUCCAUUUGAAAGUCUUCGAGCUGCCGUGGACAUCCUCUUUCUACGUGGUGCUUCUGAUUUGGUGGUUGCCAAGCAAGCGAUUUUUGUGUAUUACCUGUUUGAUCGGCAUUGGAGAAGGCCCGAGGAAGAAUGGAGGGAUAUCAUUGAUGACUUUGCAAGCUCCUUUGGUAUAAUCAGGCAUUCAUUACUCGAGUCUUUCAUUUUCUGUCUUCUGGAUGACCACUCACAUGAAGCUUUACUGGAAUGUCAUCAACUUCUUCCUGAGAUCUCUGGCCCAGAAACUCAUCCAAAGAUUGCACAAGUUCUGUUAGAAAGGCAGAAUCCUAAGGCAGCACAAAUGGUGAUACGCUGGUCCGGCCGUGAUGGUGGAUCACAGAUGGUUUCACUUAGUGAGGCUGUUACUAUUGUUCGGGUGAAAGUGGAGUGUGCACUUUUGACUGAAGCAUUUGCAUAUCAGCGAAUGAUCUGUAAAAAAGGCCGGGAAAAGAAGUUUAAAUAUGAACUGAGCGGGGAUGCAUUGGAUGACAUGAAAGGUCAAUGCAGGUCCUGGAUGGACUGGAUAGAAGUACUGGUGACCGAGUUCUGUUGUUUAUGCAUCAGGAGGAAUGUGGUUGAUCAAAUAAUAGAACUACCGUGGAAUGGUGAAGAGGAGAAAUAUAUCCACAAAUGCCUGUUAGACUGUGCAACUGAUGACCCCACAUCUACUAUUGGAAGUCUCCUUGUUGUAUUCUAUCUUCAGCGCUAUCGGUAUGUUGAGGCAUAUCAAGUCAAUUGUAAACUUUGGAGCUUAGAGGAAGACUUCAUUUCAACUCAUUCUGGUGAUGAAAAUUUUCUAGAAGCUCUAUCAAGUAUGGAAUCACAUCGUCAGAGGAGAAAAAAUUUGGUGGAUAAAGGUAUAGAAUUGCUUCCUGAAGUCCUUCAACAACAAGUGAGGACUGGAACAUUGCCUGAUAUAGUAGUUACUUCUCAUCAGGAGGAUGAACUACCAACAAGAACCGGUUUCCGUGAAUUGCAAGAACCAAAAUCAGAGAGUUUGUUGGUUCCCUCUUCUUCUGAUUCUAUUGUUCUACAACCAGACCAUAUGGCUACUCCUUUGAGACCACCGGUUUCUGAAAUUCCUAAAACAUUGGGUGGAUAUGUCAGCAAUGCUCAUGUUGAAGCCGGUACCCAUGUGUCUACAUCAAUUCUCCCGGGGAGGUUAUUUGCAGAUGCAGAAAGAUUAUCAAACGUUGAAGGAAGCAAAAACUUCAAAUUUGAGAACAUCUUGAGUCCUGGAAUUCAUUGUGCAAGUCCCAUAUUUUCUACACCAUUAAAAGGUAUUGGUCAGAGUUCAUCAAGAGAGCUUUCAAGCAGACGCCUACGAGAAAAACAAUCUGAUAAAAUCUUUUCAGAGUCUAAGCAAAAUGGGUUUGUUAACCAAGUCCACAAUGCAAGUCCUCCUUAUUCCCGAAGGGUGACGGCUAAUCCUGCUUCUACACCUAGCAGUAACUUCGGAUUGUUUAAAGGUUUGGCAAAUAACUUACAAUCCAAUAUUUCCGGUAAGAGGGGUCAAUCAGAUAGAGAUGACGGGCAUCGGAAUGUGCUUCGUACUGAAGACUUAAUGGAUGUCUCUUGGAGCCAGGGAGAGAGGUCUUUGGAGGAAAGAAAUGCACAGGAAGGACCGAGAUGGAGAUCUGAUGAAACGAGCGAUGAUGAAGAACAAAAUCCGGACAGAACCGUGGAAGUUGGUGCAACCCCGGUCAGGGGGAGAAGGAGGAGAUUCGUGAGAGGAUGAAAGACCUCGUUGGUCAUAAAGGAUGACCCAUAAUUUUGGUGUUGUUUUAAGAUUCGUGUAAUGUUACUCUCCAGGCAAUGCCGACUGUUAGAAAAAUGAAAGAGUGUAAGGUUAUUAUGUUGCAA